GUUUUUCACCGUUACCAUGGUAGCAAACUUUUUCACCCUUCCCUUCAGCAGAACGAAUUUCUUCGCAGUCCUACGGGGUACGGCGCAACCCGAAUCCGGUGCUCCAGUGAGCUAGGCGCGUGCAGCACGAGCACAUUCGACCCAGAGAAACAGGAAGAACGUUCACCACACAGCGUGUAUCCACUGGAUACUGGCUACACCUUCCGUCCUAGCGAAAAAAGAGAGGAAAAACACCGAAAAGUCACGCCAAAGACUCCGCGAAACCGCGCUGAAAUAUUCAUCCGGCUGGGCCGCCCCGAAGGUCUGCAAAUGUUGUGGUCAUUCUUCCGGCCGAUGGUCCUGGUCGCUCCCUUUUUCGCUGUGUGGUAAACCUGGUGUGAGAAAUAGUAUGCCGCGCUAGUGCACUCCAAAGCGGGUGUCGAAGUGAGGGACAGUGAAACAAUCGGAAAGCAGGUUGAACUUCUUGUGGACUGCGCGAUCGAUUUUCGCUCAUUCAGUUUUCGAGCAGAGCCCCUGCCUGGCGAUUGGACCCGUGGACCGCUGAGCGUUGUACGGAACACGAGUGUACUACUACUACUGCUGCUUAACUACUACACGGAUUGCUUUCCAAUGGGUGGCCCGAGCUUCACAUGCAAGAAGGACCUAGUAACGACGCACCCCGAUACCAGGUGGUGAUCUGAACAAGUGCAUAGUUAAGUGCGAAAAGUGCAAAGUAGAGAAACGCAGGACAAACCGCCCAACAAAACGCUCCAGGUGUCCUUCGGCGCCAUUGCGUGUGACGCGAACGGGUCAGUGCGAAGUGAAUCGAAGAUACUACCUGCCUGCGCGGAACCAGCACAUCAACGGUCAGGGGCCCUAUACUGGAAGUCAAGCGUACUGCGACCACGGCCACCACCCAUCCACAACCCGCACCGAACGGUAGCAACGUGGCGGUCCGUAUGGACAAAUGGUUCGGGGAGAAACGGUUGUGGUUGUUUGGUAAUCAUUUACCGCUACUACCACGCAGCAAUCUACCCUUCAGAUGGACAUCCGGCGAGUCGAAAGCGGAAGGAGUUAUAAAAGCCAUACAGGAAAGCAUGUUCGUCCUGUCGACCCUGUUUUCCAGAUCGCGCGGCAGCAGUAGGAUGGACCGGUACGAGAAGCUAAGCCGGCUCGGCGAAGGAUCGUACGGGGUGGUGUACAAGUGCCGGGACCGCGAGACGGGGUCGCUCGUCGCGGUCAAGCGCUUCGUCGAGUCGGAGGACGAUCCGGCCAUACGCAAGAUCGCGCUGCGGGAGAUACGCCUGCUGAAGAACCUGAAGCACCCGAACUUGGUCUGCCUGCUGGAGGUGUUCCGGCGGAAGCGUCGCCUUCAUCUGGUGUUUGAGUUUUGCGAACACACCGUCCUGCACGAGCUGGAGCGACAUCCGGAGGGCUGUCCAGAUAAUCUAACCAAGCAGAUCACGUACCAAACCAUCCAGGGUGUUGCCUACUGUCACAAGCAGGGUUGUCUGCACCGGGACAUCAAGCCGGAAAACAUCCUGCUUACGGCACAGGGACAGGUGAAGCUGUGCGAUUUCGGUUUCGCUCGAAUGCUUAGCCCCGGUGAAAAUUAUACAGACUAUGUAGCAACGCGAUGGUACCGAGCGCCGGAACUGCUGGUCGGCGACACACAGUACGGUACGCCGGUGGACGUGUGGGCCAUCGGGUGUGUGUUUGCCGAGCUGGUGCGCGGUGAUGCCCUCUGGCCCGGCCGCAGCGACGUCGAUCAGCUCUACCUGAUACGGCGCACACUCGGCGAUCUACUACCUCGGCAUCUGGCCAUCUUCAAUCAGAAUGAGUUCUUCAAGGGUAUAACGCUUCCCGUGCCACCGACACUGGAAACGCUCGAAGCCAAGAUGCCAUCCCGUACCUUAGCCAAUCCGUUGAUGAUGGAUUUUCUUAAGAAAUGCUUGGACAAGGAUCCCGCCAAACGCUGGUCCUGCGAGCGGUUGGCCACGCAUCCGUACUUCGAAGACUACAUCACCAAGCAGAAGGAGAUCGAGCAGACGAUUACGCUCGAGCAGAAGCAGACGGGCACGCGGGAACUGAAGCCGAAAACUUCGAACACCUCGCUACCGCAGCUACCCGGCACGCAGGAGUCGCGCGUCCCGCAGAAGAAUCUGUUCCUGCGCUCCGACCACCACUUGCCAACCAUCUAAAGCGAGGGGUGUGCAUUCGAACAAGUGGGGGAAGGGGGAGUGGGGUUUUUUUCUCUCUUUUUUGUGCUGGAAUUUUCUACCCGGUUCAAUGCAAACGCCAACCUGUUUGCCCAGCUGCGGUGACAAACAUGUCGGGGGCUUCUUCACAUUACUAUGUUGUGACCAGCGUAGAAGUUGACACCCUUUUAUUCUUAGCAGCAGCAUGCAGCGUUUGCGUGUCAGCUACAUCUUCGUUUUGUUAUGCAGCCCACUCUUUUUUGUUUCUAACUUAACAGGUUCAGCCCAACAUCUCGACAGAACUGAAAAAAAAACAAAGCAAAAUCUAAUUAAAAUUAUAUACAUGAAGUAAACUGUAUCAUCAAUAUAUGAAUGAAACUAU